GGCUGGGACCUUUCCAAACACGGAAGUGACGUCAGAACAGCCAUACAGUGUGCAGUUUCGAUAUUUCCAGAGGAGGUUGCACCCGCAUUCCGUCAUCUGGGAGUCCACUGCGACCUCCGCAAGGUUCGCCGGGCGGUGAACAGAGCAAUGGCGACCUUCUCAUACCCCGUUUCGACUCUUUUGAAACACACGUACUGUGUACAGAGGGCGAACGUUUUCUUUAAUGUCGCACAGGGUUUACCCCAGCACACGUUCAGGUCUCUCCUGUGGAAACGGAAUUUCAAGGCGGUAUCCCGCGGAGUGGGGCAACUACUGUCCCACCGACCCGGAGCCGUAAACUACGCAGCAUCCGCGUGCAGCAGCUCCACAGACGGCCGGGACAUAACUGACAAGCUGUGGUCUGUUUACAAUGACACCAAAAGGCAGACACAGGCUACGUCCGCCUGCCACGUGGACCCCGACACCAUAUUUGCCAACAACGAGAUGAGGCUGCGCGACAUAGAGAUCUUCGGCUUCGAUUAUGACUACACCCUGGCGUUCUACUCCAGCCACCUCCACACACUUAUUUUCAACAUAGCCCGGGAUAUCCUCAUCACUAACCACCGGUAUCCAGAAGGCCUGCGGAAGUAUGAGUAUAUUCCAGAUUUUGCCGUGAGGGGACUUCACUAUGAUGUCCAGAAGGCUCUGCUGAUGAAGAUAGAUGCCUUUCACUAUAUCCAGUUGGGAACAGUGUACAGAGGUCUUAAUCCAGUUCCUGAUGAGGAAGUAAUCGCCAUGUAUGAAGGCUCUCAUGUACCUCUAGAAAACAUGAGUGACUUCUACGGCAAGAGUUCACACGGCCACACCAUGAAACAGUUCAUGGACAUAUUCUCCUUGCCUGAGAUGACCCUCCUGUCAUGUGUCAAUGACUUUUUCAUGAAGCACAAUAUUGACUACGAGCCCGUCCAUCUCUACAAAGAUGUAAAGGAAGCUAUCAGAGAUGUUCACGUCAAGGGCAUUAUGUACCGAGCUGUGGAGGCAGAUAUCGAGAAAUACAUUUGGUACGGUGAGCAAAGCCACGCCGUGCUGAAAAAGCUGUCAGCGCUCGGAAAAAAGAUGUUCCUCAUCACCAACAGCCCCUUUGACUUUGUGGACCGGGGAAUGAGCUACAUUGUUGGAAAGGACUGGAGGGACCUGUUUGAUGUUGUGAUUGUUCAGGCUGACAAACCCAGCUUCUUCAAUGACAGGAGAAAACCCUUCAGGCGAGUGACAAACAAAGGAGUUUUGCUGUGGGACCGAAUUCACAAGCUGGGAAAGGGGCAGAUCUACAAACAGGGAAACCUCUAUGAGUUCCUCAGACUCACCGGCUGGAGUGGAUCCAAAGUACUCUACUUUGGAGACCACAUCUACAGUGACUUGGCGGAUCUCACUCUGAAACAUGGUUGGAGGACAGGUGCAAUAAUCCCCGAGCUGAGGAAGGAGAUCAAGAUCAUGAACACUCAGGAGUAUGUGCAGAUGAUGACCUGGUUGCAGGCACUGUCUGGACUCAUUGAACAGAUGCAGGUACACAGAGACCCGGCAUCCCAGGCCGUCGUCGAGGAGUGGAUCAGAGAACGAGAAGCCAUGAAGCCGCAGACAAAGGACAUCUUCAACGCUCAGUUCGGCAGCCUCUUCCGCACCUACCACAACCCCACCUACUUCUCCCGCCGACUCUCCCGCUUCGCCGACAUCUACAUGGCCUCCAUUAGCUGCAUGCUCAACUACGACCUCCAGCACACCUUCUUCCCUCGACGCACUCCCCUGCAGCACGAGGCUCCGUUCUGGCCGGAGCAUGGCUCAGGAUCCUGUUCUCCAACUCCCCAGAACCAGAGCAGCAGCUAAACACGGAAGAGCUUUUUUUUGUUUAUCGGGAUACUGUAAAAAAGUCCGGCUUGAAUUAAGCAUACUGCAGUGGGUAUCGGUCAUAAAAACUGUUGAUGUUUAAAUUAGUUAUUUAUAUCCAUACUUCCAAAUUAUUCAGUCUUAAGAGAAAAAAGCUGUAUUUAAUGCUAUUUAUGCCAGAUGUAUGUUACUUUGUGUGUUUGUGGGUGUGAGAGGAAGGAAAAUGUUUGUUCUUUUCAAGAGAGAAAAACAAGCAUGUGCUUGGAGCAGAUUUA